AACUACAACGACAACAGACGAAAAGAAGGCAACACUAGCUAGCUAACGUUAGCUAGCCCCACACCAUCAUGUAUUUCUGUUAGCCUGUGGUGCUCGCCAGCCUUGCUGCAGUGGAGCCAAACUGAAUCAGCCACCCAUUCCUAUGGAGAUAGAAGAGACCUGGGCUCAUGAGGAUUGCUGGGCUCACACUGAGUGGGAUACCCACCAACGACAGGAGUACAGAUCACACCAGUACCUCCACUGUGAUAAACCAUGAUCCCCAUCACUGAGCUGCGCUACUUUGUAGACUGUCAGCCGGCCUACCGUAUCCUGAAGCCAUGGUGGGACGUCUUCACUGACUACAUCUCCAUAGUCAUGCUGAUGAUCGCCGUGUUCGGGGGAACGCUGCAGGUCACCCAGGACAAGAUGAUCUGCCUACCCUGCAAGUGGGUGGUCAACCAGACCUGCAGGAGGUAUUUCAACGCCACCCAGUCGGCCCCGCUGUUGUUGGAGCCCAAAGGGAUCCAAUACAACCUGGAUCGCCACCAGUACAACUACGUAGACGCCGUGUGCUACGAGAACCGCCUGCACUGGUUCGCCAAGUACUUCCCCUACCUGGUGCUACUUCAUACCCUCAUUUUCCUGGCCUGCAGUAACUUCUGGUUCAAGUUCCCCCGGACUAGUUCCAAACUGGAGCACUUUGUGUCCAUCUUACUCAAGUGUUUUGACUCUCCCUGGACCACCAGGGCCCUGUCUGAGACAGUGGUGGAGGAGCGCGACCCCAAGCCCCACAAGAUGAACGGCUCCAUGGAUAAGAAGGCGUCAUGUGUCAGCGAGGACGUGGAGGCCAGCGUCCCCAUGCUCCAAAAGACAAAGUCUCGCCUGGAGCAGGGGAUCGUGGACCGCACUGAGACAGGCGUCCUGGAUAAAAAAGAGGGCGAACAAGCAAAAGCUCUGUUCGAAAAGGUGAAAAAGUUCCGCCUACAUGUGGAAGAGGGAGACAUUGUGUACAGGCUCUACAUCCGACAGACUAUUAUCAAAGUCAUUAAGUUCAUUUUGAUUAUCUGCUAUACAGGGUAUUAUGUGCACAAAAUUCAGUUCAGCGUGGACUGUAGUGUGGAUAUAGAGAGCCUCACGGGGUACAGCAUGUAUCGUUGUGCCCAUCCUCUGGCCACGCUGUUUAAGAUCCUAGCCUGCGUCUACAUCAGUUUAGUGGGGGUUUACGGCUUAAUUUGCAUGUACACUCUUUGUUGGAUGCUGCGGCACUCGCUGAAGAAAUACUCCUUUGAGUCGAUACGAGAGGAGAGCAGUUACAGCGACAUACCGGACGUAAAGAACGACUUUGCUUUCAUGCUGCACAUGAUCGACCAGUACGACCCGCUGUACUCCAAACGCUUUGCCGUCUUCCUGUCCGAGGUGAGCGAGAACAAGCUGCGGCAGCUCAACCUGAACAACGAGUGGACUCUGGACAAACUGAGGCAGAGGAUCACCAAGAACUCCCAGGAGAAGCUGGAGCUGCACCUCUUCAUGCUGAGCGGCAUCCCAGACACAGUGUUUGACCUGAUGGAGCUGGAGGUGCUGAAGCUGGAGCUCAUCCCAGACAUCACCAUCCCUCCCAUCAUCGCCCAGCUGGUCAACCUGAAGGAGCUUUGGCUGUACCACACCCCGGCUAAGAUCGAGGCUCCGGCCCUGGCCUUCCUCAGGGAGAACCUCAAGUCCCUCCACAUCAAGUUCACCGACAUCAAGGAGAUCCCUCUGUGGAUCUACAGCCUGAAGAACCUGAGCGAGCUGCACUUGACAGGGAACCUGAGCGCAGAGAACAACCGAUACAUUGUUAUUGAUGGGCUACGGGAGCUGAAGAGGCUCAAGGUGCUCCGGCUGAAGAGCAACCUGACCAAGCUACCUCAGGUGGUGACUGACGUGGGGGUGCACCUCCAGAAGCUGUCAGUCAACAACGAGGGCACCAAGCUGAUGGUCCUCAACAGCCUGAAGAAGAUGGUGAACCUGACUGAACUGGAGCUGAUCCGCUGUGACCUGGAACGCAUCCCACACUCCAUCUUCAGCCUGCACAACUUGCAGGAGAUUGACCUCAAGGACAACAACCUGAAGACCAUUGAGGAGAUCAUCAGCUUCCAGCACCUGCACCGGCUGGUCUGCCUUAAACUCUGGUACAACCAGAUCGCCUAUAUUCCCAUCCAGAUCGGCACCCUCAACAACCUGGAGCGUCUCUAUCUGAACAGGAACAAGAUCGAUAAUAUCCCCAGCCAGCUGUUCUACUGUCGUAAGCUGCGCUUCCUGGACCUGAGCCACAACAACCUCACCUACAUCCCAGCAGACGUAGGGUACCUGCAGAACCUUCAGUACCUGGCAGUCACCGCCAACCGAAUUGAGACCCUGCCCAACGAGCUGUUCCAGUGUAAGAAGCUCCGUACUCUGAACCUGGGAAACAACUGCCUGACGUCUCUGCCGUCGCGCUUCGGGGAGCUGACGGGCCUGACCCAGCUGGAGCUGAGGGGGAACAGGUUGGACUGUCUGCCCGUGGAGCUCGGGGAAUGCAGGCAGUUGAAAAAGACUGGUCUGGUGGUGGAAGAAGAUCUCUUCAACACCCUACCCACCGAGGUGAAGGAGCAGCUGUGGAAGGUGGACAAGGAGACUGCCUGAGCAGAUAGGGGUUGGAGGAUGGUAACUCAGUCGAAACAGACACAGGCCGGUCCCCUGGAGGAGUGAAGAGGACUAGAGAGGACUACACAGACUCAGACAGCUCGCUAACAGAGCAGCCCCUGCUCACUCGUGACUGUACUCUACUCUACUGCAGGGAUGCUUCUCAAGGGAAUCAAAGCAAAUGUCCAACCGCCAUGCUACUUUUUUCGGAUGUAAAAAAUGAAAAGUCUACCGUGGGAUACAGUUUUGAAAUGCAAUUUUGGAAGAGACAUUGAUGAGGAAAAUGUUAAGUUUUAUGAGAUGAGUGUGCUUUGACUGAGAUGAUGACGUUGCAUGCGAGGUUACAAAAUGCAAAUGCAAUAUUCCUGUAAGAGAAGGGACUCUGCAGGUGGGGAGUGUAAUUGUCAUUCAGGCAGGGUAUAUUAUCCUGUUAAAUCGUAUCAUAACCCACUCAUACAAUACAGUACAAUAGGCCCCCCUUGAUCGAUUCUAGUCCAUAGGGUGCUAAGUGGCAAUAGUUAGUUGCCCACUCUCAGUAUGUGCCAUGAGAGAUGGUAUAUAGCUACUGUCAGCAAGAAGCUCCAUUAAAGGGGGAUUCUCCAAGA